UGUAGUCUGCAGAAGGCUGUUUCCUCGCCGGACUGUUGUUGUUGUGAAGCGGGGUUCCGGCUGACGGAGAUGAGGAAGGUAACAUGUCGAGUUCGUACAGGAGCAGGAUUCAAGAGUUCAAGGUUGCUUUGAGCCAACCCCAAAUCAAUCUGAAGAGCCUGCGUGAACUCUGCUUCAAUGGCAUCCCUUUUGAAGGUGGGCUGCGGGCUCUUUGCUGGAAGAUCCUGUUAAAUUACCUCCCCACAGAGCAAGCGAAAUGGGACUCGUUCUUAAAGAAACAGAGGGAGAUCUAUACCCAGUUUUUAAGAGAGAUGAUUAUCCAGCCAGGAAUUGCCAAGGCUAAUCUGGGAUUCUGCAGAGAGGACGUGACGCUGGAGGACCAUCCACUCAAUCCGAACCCAGACAGUCAAUGGAACACCUACUUCAGAGACAACGAGAUUCUGCUACAGAUAGACAAAGACGUCAGGAGACUCUACCCGGACAUGGCGUUCUUCCAGCGCCCCACGGAGUACCCCUGCCACCUAAUCCUGGACCCCCAGAACGAGUACGAGACCCUGCGGCGGAGAGUGGAGCAGACCUCCCUGAAAGCACAGACUGUGGCCAGGAACCGCAGCGGGGUCACCAAUGUGAGCUCCCCGGGGAAGGCUGUGUGCACCUACCCCUCGAACGAGUACGAAGUCCUGCCCAGCGGCUGUGAGUCUCACUGGGAGGUGGUGGAGCGGAUCCUGUUCAUCUAUGCCAAGCUGAACCCCGGCAUCGCGUACGUGCAGGGAAUGAACGAGGUCGUGGGACCCAUCUACUACACCUUCGCCACGGACCCCAACAGCGAGUGGAAAGAGCACGCGGAGGCAGACACCUUCUUCUGCUUCACCAGCCUGAUGUCUGAGAACCGGGAUAAUUUCAUCAAGAGCCUGGACGACUCCCAGUGCGGGAUCACGUACAAGAUGGAGAGUGUGUACUCCACGCUGAAGCAGAAGGACGUGGAGCUCUAUCUGAAACUGCAAGAGCAGAAUAUCAAGCCGCAGUACUUCACCUUCCGCUGGCUCACCCUGCUGCUGUCCCAGGAGUUUCUGCUUCCCGACGUCAUCCGAAUCUGGGACUCCCUCUUCUCUGACCAGGAGCGCUUCAACUUCCUCAUCCUGGUCUGCUGUGCCAUGCUCAUUUUGAUUCGAGACCAGCUGCUGGCCGGAGAUUUCACAGUGAACAUGAGGCUGCUGCAGGAUUACCCGAUCUGUGACGUGCACACCAUCCUGAAGAAGGCAAAGGAUCUGCAGGACGGUGCAUAGGGAAGUGCCCCCCCCCCCCUCCACCCCCUCUGCACAGCCCCCUUCAAUCAGCCAACAAUCAGUACGAAAAAAAAAGAUGACGAUGACACAACAAUGUAGCAGUGCAUUCUGGGAGAAGACGCCACGUUGCAGUGCAUUGUGGGAGCUCUUUCGCGCCUCAUCCAGAUGGUAUUUCCUUUCAAACUGUAUUUAUUUUGCACUGAAGACUUUAAGCCAAAAACAAAAGAAGCAAAUAUACAAAACACUCGCAGGGUUUGAAAACACUCCUAGGCUGUCAUUUUAAAUUCGAGGGGUUUCUCUGGGUCAGUUGCUGUUUUGUUUUUAUUGCUCUGUAUGUAGGUCUUGUUAAUCCUGAUGUUUUUUUUUUUAAUGAUGAAAUGGUGAAUUGGGGCUGGCUCGAGGUAUCCCUGAAACUGGUGCUGGUCUUCUGUGUCGUCAUUCUGAUGCAGAACGUUGGGAGUUUGGGAACUCCGUUUGGAUUCCAGUUCCGAGCAGUUCCCCAGCCCCACCUAUAUUAAGCUGUCUCUGUGUAUCUCUUGCUGCCUGUCCAGCAUUCAGCCUAAAAGUGUGUCGUGUUUCUAAAUGCCUGAGACAGAAACACUAGAAAGAUGAAAUGCAUGCAUAAUUUACAUGCUGGCACUGCAGUGCAUUUAGGUGCUCUAUCAGUGCACUCCUAUAUAUCAGUACAGUGUGUUGAAUGGAAAUGAAAUGGUUUUUCCCACCUGUAUGAUUAUAUAUAAGCCUGUGAUGCAUAGUUUAUCCUACUGCUAAAAAAAAUGGUAAUAUGUCUUAAUUUAUGUGCAGCAAAAACACAUUUUCAGAACUCUCCUCUGGUUUGGAGACUCUGCUCUCCUUGUGAAAAAGCUCAUUGGUUCUGUUUGUUUUAAAGUCUCAGGUAUGCAUUUUAGGCAUAACAUGAAAACAAUCUCUCGUGCAGCUGGCAGUGUUAGAACACAUUUGUUGGUGGAUGUUAAUACAGUAUUUGAAAGAGGCCUUCUAUCUCAUGCUAGGGAGGUGAACAGUUUAAUAUUUAGCUUGGAGAGCGGUAAUCACAGGCGGCCUCUUGGUAUGUCACCCUGGGCCAGUUGCCGAUGUGAGAAUAGGAGCUACCAUGCCUCUCGGUCCUUCGCUUCUAAAGUGGGGACAUUUUCUUACUCUCCUGAACGAACCACCUUUCUCGAUCCCCCGUUUAUCAGCAGAUAUGAGGAGCUGGAAACUCAAGAGCGGGGAGCCAGGAUGUGGGGCACCUAAUACCUGCUGCAGAGGGAGUGUGAAUCUGCAGUGCGGUGGGGCUGGGCAGAAAUGAGCUGCACCAAGAUUUCAAAAUGAGAGGAAGAGUUUAAAAAAGAAUAAAAAACGAGAAGGGGCUCGCAAGACAGGCAGUGCACUUAAUGAGAAAGAAAUAAAGAACGUGGUUGUUACCCCUUUAACUCCUGCUGCUGUUUCGGGGUGCACUGCUCUGUCUUAAUUCCUGGUGCAACGAAGGCUGAUCAGUGAUCUCGAGCCCUGUCUGAGUGAACACUAGAAAUGCUCACAAAGCUGAAGGCACUACUUACUGAGCUGCAGCAGACGACCAGCACCUCUGGAACUACAUAUGUUGUGUACCCUGCUCCAAUAUUGCUACUGCCCCAUAUACCCUCCUAUAUACGCAGGGUGACCCCCUUUGCCCCUGUAGAACCAGACCUACAGAGCCUCAGACAGGAAGGUACCUCUCACGCGUAGCAGCGCUCCCUCCUUUAUGGUAGGAAUCGCGUGCUGGAUUGCGAGGCGUAGGGAGAUGUCUGUGCAGCGGAUUUUGGGUGCCGCACAGCACUUUGCUCUAAAGGAGCACGGCUGAUCUUCGUGGUGGUUUUGGGUCUCGCUCUGCCUUGCGUUCGGCUCUUUGAUUGCAGUUCGCUGAUUGUGUUGCUCCUGUUCUUUAUCGUUUUACAGAUGGUGUAAAUGUGCCCUUUUUUUUUUUUUAAAUGUUCUUUUUCAAUGCCGAGGUGUAAGCUCUGUGUGCUAGGGAUCCAGUAGAACGCUAUGGCCCGUAGUUCCGCUGAGGUGGUGGUUUUUAAAUGUUUCUUUAUAAUGGGAAGUAGAAAUCUGUCACUGGAGUAACGAAGCUCACCCCCAGGAGGCAGCAUUCCCCUUUGUAACAUUAUUGUGGCUUACUGCAAAUUCAUUGCUGCAGAAACGAGUUUAUGAGUCCGCGAACAAAAUCUGAAAGUGUUAGCGAGCGAAACGGAAUAGCUAGCACACCUUGUUCCUCCCUGGCUUUGUCAAUGGGUCAGUGUACAGCAUUAACAACGCCUGCUGAAAGGAGCGAUCCACUGCGCAGAGGCAUUACUGAUUUUUAAUUAUUAUUUAUAAGAAAUCUGUUGAGGAUCACCUGGUGUGUAAACUGGAGGGAUACCCAAAGCAACCCCUCCGUGAUUGGACUGGGAGGGUUUUGCGUGGUGGGAGCUUGUGGCUUAUCCAGUCCUUCACACUUGUGGAGGGAUCCUUGUCCCCGUGUGAAACUAAUACAGUGGAAACGUGAAGUAUGGUUAGACGGACGAGAAUUAAUUUCUUUUAACCCUUUAUUGCCUGUUACGGGUUCUGUGUUUGAAAACCGGCUCCAUGAACCACAGGGAGCUCAUUUCACAAGAAUCUACAAUUUCAAUGUUCUCUCUCUCUCUCUCUCUCUCACUUUGCAGUGAAUGAGGGAAUGGGGAUUCUUGUUGCUCGAUGCUGCCAUCUGGUGACGGCCUUAGUGUAUGGCAAGAAUUAAUUGUGUUUCGUGAUUGGGGUCCUUAAUUGGGGUGUAAUAAUUUUUUAAAAAAUGACAGGAGUGUGUUCAACAGGCAGUAAAGGAAUAAAGCAAACUGGUCUGGUUUAAUUUGUUGGUGUUGAUCCUCUGAAUUAUUUUAUUUGUUUGUGUGCACAUUCCUUGGUUUGCUUGUGUGUUGGGUUUUUAUGUAGGUAGUCUCAGACCUCCAUACUGGAAGUGUAAAUGUUUAUACAGUGUUUGCAAAUAUAUAAUAAAAAUGAUUUUAAUGCAA